AUGUCCUUGUGGCUGGAGGCCCCUGUGCCUGAUGCUUCUCCCGACUCUGCAGUGGAGCUGUGGGAGCCAAAUGCACAAGAUGCCGGCAGCCAGGCGCUGGGAGGCAACACUGGCGUCCUCAGGGAGGAAGCCAGCACUCCCCAAUCUGCUGGGGGCUCUCUGGGGGCAGGGCUGGAGGCAGCAGAGCCCGCAGUCCUGCUCCCUGGGGUGGAUACCCCUCCAGAGUCUACAGAGCUGCGUCCACAAAAGCGGAAAAAGGGGCCAGCCCCCAAAAUGCUGGGGAACGAGCUGUGCAGUGUGUGUGGGGACAAGGCCUCCGGUUUCCACUACAACGUGCUGAGCUGUGAGGGCUGCAAGGGCUUCUUCCGCCGCAGCGUCAUCAAAGGGGCACGCUAUGUCUGCCACAGCGGGGGCCACUGCCCCAUGGACACCUACAUGCGCCGCAAAUGUCAGGAGUGUCGUCUUCGGAAGUGCCGCCAGGCCGGCAUGCGGGAGGAGUGUGUCUUGUCCGAAGAGCAGAUCCGCCUGAAGAAACUGAAGCGGCAAGAGGAGGAACAGGCUCAGGCCACGUCCAUGACCCCAAGGGUGUCCUCACCUCCCCAAGUCCUGCCCCAGCUCAGCCCCGAGCAGUGGGGCAUGAUCGAGAAGCUGGUGGCCGCCCAGCAACAGUGCAACCAACGCUCUUUCUCUGACCGGCUUCGAGUCACGCCUUGGCCCAUGGCACCCGAUCCCCAGAGCCGGGAGGCCCGUCAGCAGCGCUUUGCCCACUUCACCGAGCUAGCCAUCGUCUCUGUGCAGGAGAUUGUUGAUUUUGCCAAACAGCUGCCUGGCUUCCUGCAGCUCAGCCGGGAGGACCAGAUCGCCCUGCUGAAAACCUCUGCGAUCGAGGUGAUGCUUCUGGAGACAUCUCGGAGGUACAACCCCGGGAGUGAGAGUAUCACCUUCCUCAAGGAUUUCAGUUAUAACCGGGAAGACUUUGCCAAAGCAGGGCUGCAGGUGGAGUUCAUCAACCCCAUCUUCGAGUUCUCCAGAGCCAUGAAUGAGCUGCAACUCAAUGAUGCCGAGUUUGCUUUGCUCAUUGCCAUCAGCAUCUUCUCUGCAGACCGGCCCAACGUGCAAGACCAGCUCCAGGUAGAGAGGCUGCAACACACAUAUGUGGAGGCCCUGCAUGCCUAUGUCUCCAUCCACCACCCUCAUGACCGACUGAUGUUCCCACGAAUGCUCAUGAAACUGGUGAGCCUCCGGACACUGAGCAGUGUCCAUUCAGAGCAAGUGUUUGCACUGCGCCUGCAGGACAAAAAGCUUCCCCCGCUGCUCUCUGAGAUCUGGGAUGUGCACGAAUGACGGCUCUUCCACCCACCCCCCAUCCCCCAUAUCUUCUGUUUUCUGGGCUGGAAGGCUGAGGCGCCUGGCUGCUUUCUAGAGGUGAAGCAGACUG